UCUGCAGGACAGAUUCUGCAUCCCACAUGAGCUACGAAAAUCCUCCACCGUACCCCGGCCCGGGCCCGACUGCCCCUUACCCUCCCUAUGCACAGCAACCGGGUGGUCCUCCUGGCCCCUACCCAGGCUACCCACCCGGGCCGACGGGGCCGUACCAGCCCGGCCAGCCAGGCUACCAGGGUUAUCCCCAGUACGGGUGGCAAAACGCACCUCCGCCUCCAGGACCGGUGUAUGCGGAUGGGCCUAAAAACACAGUGUAUGUCGUGGAGGAGCGGCGGAGGGACGACACGGGCGCGAGCCCCUGCCUGACGGCGUUGCGCUCUGCUGCUGCUGCCUCUGGGACAUGCUGACCUGACUCCGCUGCGGCCGCCUCCGUUCCUCUCACCGAGUGCUAUGCAGGCUCCCCACUCCUGUCCUGACUUCUUUCUGUUACUGUAAUCAACACUCUGCUUUGCACAGCCAAGAGUUCCCGUCUGUCAGUCCUAGCGCCUUGUUGGGGUGGGGGGUGCACUCCUUUAUUUUAGUAAAGGAAAAAAAAUCCCUUUUUAACAUUUAUAAGACUUUUGUUGUAACUUUGAAGAAUGUGCUAAUGGUAUAUUUCAGCCAAAGGCAUUCUGAUGAAAUGUAUAUUUAUCAGUUUAAAUUUUCCUAGUCCUAGAAAUGAAGACGUACGCAAUAAUUAAAGCCAACAGUUGAUUUUCUUCGCUAG